AUGGCCGUCUCCCCCGUCGUCACCCACACGGUCGAGUCCGUUCAGCAGACGCAGCAGCUCGCGCGCGCCAUCUCGUCGCCCCUCAAGAACUUCACCUCCGGCCAUACGUCUUCUUCCAAUGGCACCCCGAAGCCCCUCGCCGCGCCGCUCGUCCCCGUGCCCACAACAAUCCCCGUGACGCUCGACCUCGCCGAGCAGAUGAACGACGAGGAGAAGCGGAAAUACGUCAAGGGCAAGAAGCUUGGUGAGGGUACCUACGCCAUCGUCUUCCUCGGCCACCUACGCUCCAAGCCGUCGACGCAGGUCGCCAUCAAGAAGAUCAAGGUCCAGAAGGAGAACGACCAGGGCAUGGCCCCCGACGCCGUCCGCGAGUUGAAGCACCUCCAGGAACUCCAGCACCCCAACAUCAUCUCCCUCCUCUCCGUCUUCUCCUCCAAAGAUCAGAAUCUCAACCUCGUCCUCGAGUACCUGCCCCUCGGCGACCUCGAAAUGCUCAUCCGCGACACCGACAACGUCCGCUACGGUGCGGCUGACAUCAAGACCUGGAUGGGCAUGCUCACCCGCGCCGUCUGGUUCUGCCACGAGAACUUUGUCCUCCACCGCGAUAUCAAGCCCAACAAUUUGCUGAUCGCCGCCGAUGGCGAGGUCAAGCUUGCCGAUUUCGGUCUCGCCCGCACCUUCGCCGACCCCGUCACCAACAUGACCUCGCACGUCAUCACCCGCUGGUACCGCCCCCUGGAACUACUCUUCGACGCGAAGCACUACAGCGGUGCCGUCGAUGUCUGGUCCGUCGGUACCGUCUUCGCCGAGCUGGUCAUGCGCGCCCCCUACCUCCCUGGAAACACCGACAUAGACCAGGUCAAGCUCAUCUGCGAGGCCAUCGGCACACCCACCGAGGACAACUGGCCCGGCGUCACCAAGCUCUCCGGCUACGCUGUCCCCGCGCAGCACCCCGUCCGCGGCAAGGACUGGUACGAGAUGCGCUUCGGCACCGUGGGCUCUGACGGCGUUGACCUGCUCAUGAAGACGCUCAUCCUCGACCCGCGCAAGCGCAUCACCGCCCGCCAGAUGCUCGAGCACCGCUGGUGGCACUCCGAACCCAAGCCCACCCGCAAGCAGGACCUGCCCAAGAAGGGUGGCGCCAGUGCUGAAGAUAAGAUGGGUGCCGACCUCAAGCGCCGCCCAGGCGUCCUCGACGACGACCGCGGCUCCAAGGUUGCUCGCAAGCUCGACUUUGGCGCAUAA